AUGAGUUCCAAUUCCAACAUCUCUUAUUCAAUUAAGGAAAGAUACCACCUGCUUACGGAUGAGGUGGUGAAGCAACUCAAUGAAACUGACGAAAUACUCCAUCAUUACUUUAAAGUCCACACAAAAAAGGAAAUCAUUUAUUUGGCGGCAGAUUUGAAAGCAGAUUCUGAUUCUGAAUCAGACUUUGAAUUUGACUCCGACUCUGAAAACGAAAGCCUUCCUCAGCUAGCCAACUACCUACUGUGUUUCCAAGUGAGUAUGGCCAAGACAGAUCCAAUGAAUAGCGUUCAAGCGAUACUGGCUCAAGAGUAUAGCAUGGCCGCUUCAAAUUCAACUUCAGGUAAAAGCUCCAGUUUAGACUCAACUCAAUUGACAUCAACCACUACUCCAAUACUGGAUGGUGUUCUUCCUCAACAGGGCUCGCACGAGGACGAUGGCAUUGAACAAGAUGAAAUCUCAUCCUUGACAAUUGCCCAUUCGGAUGUCUCCGACUGUGGCUCCGAUGUAAUGAUCAUUGAUGCAGCCAAAUACUAUUUCAGUAUCAACUCAUCAGUCUCUAAAGAAUAA